AUGUCUUCUACUUCUAGGUUUAAACACCAUUGUUAUAGAACCUGUCCUGAGAAAACCUACAGUGAAGAGUUUGAAUGCAAAGAAUGCAAUCCCAACUGUGGCAACUGUGACCAGAAUGAGUGCUACUGGUGUGAAGAGGGCUUCUUCCUCUUAGGUGGCCGUUGUGUGACAAAAUGUGGCCCUGGCUUCUACGGUGACCCAGAAAUAGGAGAAUGUGAGCCCUGCCACCGAGACUGUGAAACCUGCACAGGUCUUGCCUAUGACGAAUGCAGCAGUUGCCAAGAAGGAUUUCAGCUGCUUUAUGGGAAAUGUGUCCGUCCUGACCAGUCCCAGGUGGAAGGCAAAUUCUGGAAUGAGGCUUUUAUGCAGAAGCGGGUCAAUGUGAACGCUGCAACUCACCUUGCAGAACGUGUGACGGAAACGCCACCCACUGUUUGUCUUGUGAAGGAAGUUUGGUGCUGCAGCACGGCUUGUGUCGUGAAGCCUGCUCUGAGAGAGUGCAUGCCGAAUUUCUUUCUCUACGAUGAUGAGUGCCACCAGUCCUGUCCCCAAGGCUAUUACGAGGAUGCUCGCCAGUGUGUCCCCUGUCACAAGGACUGUCUGGCGUGCAGUGGUCCCGGUGAUGACAACUGUGACGUCUGCACUGACAAGUACUUGUUCCUCUAUGACGGGCUGUGUUUGGAAGCGUGUCCAGCAGGAACUUACUUGGAAAGCGAGACCAACGAAUGCAAAGAUUGUCACAAGACCUGUCAGACCUGCACAUCAUUGGGGACCUGCAAAACUUGUCAAAAAGGCCUGAGAAAGAAUGACCACGGGAGCUGUGUACCUUACAAAAACUGCACCCACGCGGAAUACUGGGAUGAGGCGACACACAGGUGCCAGCCUUGUCACACCAAGUGCUUCCGAUGCAUGGGACCUGCCGAGGACCAGUGUCGCGCCUGCCCACGGAAAAACCUUCUUCUCAAUAUGACCUGCGUGGAGGACUGCCCUGAGGGCUACUACACCGACGAGGACAGUCACCAGUGUGUCCCCUGCCACAGCUCUUGUAGGACAUGCGAAGGGAGGCACAGCAUGCAGUGUCAUUCCUGCCGACCGGGCUGGUUCCAGCUGGGGAAGGAGUGUCUCUCCCAGUGCAGGGAAGGGUAUUACCCAGAAAAUUCCACGGGACGUUGUGAGAGGUGCAACAAGAACUGCAAGACAUGCCGGGGCCCACAGCCUACAGACUGUCUGUCCUGUGAUACCUUUUUCUUUCUGCUCCGCUCCAAAGGAGAGUGUCACCGCACCUGCCCAGAACAUUACUAUGCAGAGCAGAACACACAGACCUGUGUGAGAUGCCAUCCUACCUGUGAUCAAUGUAAAGGAAAAGAAGCAUGGGAUUGCUUGUCCUGUGUAUGGAGUUACCACCUGGUGAAAGGAAUCUGCAAUUCUGACUGUUUUAUCGGGAACUACAGAGUGGGAGAGGGAGAGAAAUUUAACUGUGACAAAUGCCAUGAGAGCUGUACGGAGUGCAAGGGACCUGGAGACAAGAAUUGCACCAUGUGCCCUGCCCACCUGGUGCUACACAUGGAUGACAACCGCUGCCUCCACUGUUGUAAUGUGUCUGAUCCUACUGACAAUCAGGAGUGUUGUGACUGCCAAGACACCAUGGCUGAGUGCAUCCUUCGAAAAAGUGAGAUUGGCCCCUCCGCUGGGAGUUCCAGGACGGCUCUGUUCAUCACCUCCUCAAUUAUGUUGGUGCUGCUGGUUGGGGCAGCAGUGGUUGUCUGGAGGAAAUCACGUGGCCGAGCCCAGCCAGCAGAAAAGGGUGGCUAUGAAAAGCUGGCUGAUCCAAAUAAGGCUUACUCCUCCUAUAAGAGCAGCUAUCGUGAAAGCACCGGUUUUCAAGAGGAUCAAGUGAUUGAGUACAGGGACCGGGACUACGAUGAUGAUGAUGAUGAUGAUGAUGACAUCGUCUACAUGGGCCAAGAUGGCACCGUCUACCGGAAAUUUAAAUAUGGGCUGCUGGAUGAUGAUGAUGAUGAUAAUGAGCUGGAAUACGACGAUGAGAGCUAUUCCUACAACCUGCUGCCAAGGGUUAUUUCUAAGAUCCAUCAAGAUGCUACAUCCCAGGACAAUACCUCCAAAGACUUCCCUAUCACCUACACUGAUUAUGACAUUUCAAAGCUUACUAAGGUUAUUGACUGCAAUCAAGAGAAGAGGAAGCCCCCAAAUACCAAAGCAGAAUGGAAGAGAAUGAGCUCUGAGCAGAAGAAUCUGUACAAAGAAGUAAUGCUUGAGAUAUACCAGAAUCUUCUUUCAUUGGAACCAAAGCCAGAAACCUACCACUGUUUCUCCUGCCUUCAGGCUUUCUCUUGUCAGCAAAUUUUCAACCAACAUGUACUUCAGAGCUUUCCUUGUGUGCAGAGUGUCCCUUCUAUUCAGGGGCUUCCAGACCAGGUUCUCAGAAGAUGA